UAACUGUUUUAGAAAGACACACUAUGAGAACAGUCUUGUGCUUCAGCUUCCAGUAGCCAAUCCUCAUCUUUCUUAGGCAGUCGUACAGAACCACAGCCUUCGGCGCUAGGAUCCAGAGGGCAGGGCUUUGAUUUCUCAACUAAUUCCUCUGGCAAAACACGAAACGCUCAUAUGCACAACUUCCUGGAUAGAGAAGCGGACCGCACUGAAUGUGAUUGAAGCGACUGACUUUGUAGAUGCGCGCGAGAGAGAGAGCCGCUGUACAGCAGAGGAACUGAACGAGCACGAGCGUCUGAAAGUGUGUCCGGUUGGGAUUAACUUGAGAAUGUAAAGAGAAUGUAAAGGACGCCACCGAGAGCAGAAGUGUGCGCGGAUUGUGGGCUGUCCGAAAUGUCCCACGAAACAGGCACAAGAUUUGUCGCCGGUCAUUAAAAUCGCUCUCGUAAUUAUUUCGGUUAGUCAAGUUAGUGUGUUUCCUUCAUUGACGCUCAAUUUGAUCCGCCAUUCCGUGUUGCUCUAAUUGCGCAUUUGGACAUGUGGAGACUGCGAGGAUCGUGUCGUUUAGGGAUGUUGUGUUUGACUUUAUCAGCCCUUCUCAUCCAACCCAUCAGCUGUCAUCCCGCUUCACAUGUGGAAACAGAGCAUCGUGGGAGCUCAGCCACUCAACGAGAGCGGAGGGCGUCUGAGGAACCCUAUUGGGCGUAUUCAGGCACCUACGGACCACGGAGAUGGGCCUCUGCUUUUCCAGAAUGCGGGGAAAGGAAUCAGUCUCCAGUGGACAUCUUAGAUCAAGAUACCCAGGUCUCUCAGGAGUGCCAGGAGCUCACCUUGGAUGGCUUUGAAACCAAAUCAUCAAACAGGACUACCAUGAAGAACACAGGCAAAACAGUGUCUAUUGUUCUGAGGAAUGAUUACUUUGUGAGAGGGGCGGGCCUACCUGGACGCUUCAAAGCAGAGAAGGUGGAGUUUCACUGGGGCAGCACCAAUGGGUCAGCUGGUUCUGAGCACAGUAUCAAUGGAAAGAAGUUUCCAGUAGAGAUGCAGAUUUAUUUCUACAAUUCAGAUGACUUUGACAGUCUGAGCACCGCGAUAAAGGAGAGACGAAUCAUCGCCGCCAUGGCUGUCUUCUUUCAGGUGACGAAGAAAGACAACACUGCAGCUGAGCCCAUCAUCGCAGGUCUUAAACGGGUGGUCCAUCACGAGAAGGAGACAAACCUUGGUUCGUUCAUACUGAAGGAUCUAUUGCCAUCAUCCUUGGGAAGUUAUUACCGCUACACUGGCUCACUCACGACACCUCCCUGCAGUAAGGUCGUGGAGUGGAUCAUCUUCAGUCGACCCGUUUACCUGUCCUACCACCAGCUGGAGGCAUUCUACUCCAUCUUCACCACAGAGCAGCAGGAUCAUGUGAAGUCCGUGGAUUACCUGAGGAAUAACCAUCGGCCCACUCAAGAUCUCAACAGCCGGCAAAUCUUCAAAUCAGCUCUGAUGGAUGCUUGGAUGACCGACCUCAAGACAGACAGCAUGGACAGCGCUGUAGACACAGAAUCCUCUCGAGUCUGCAGCAGCAUCCCUGACAACAUGAAGGUUCAUCUGCUAAACAGAACUGCACUUGUGCUGACCUGGGAUAGACCCUCAGCUGUCUACCACCCGCCUAUAGUGGACUUCCUUGUCUCCUACAGCUGGGUAAAGGAUGAAAUGCCUUUUGAGAAGACCUUCAUGCAGAGCAGUGAACACAGCACGAGGGCAGUCAUCACACUUGUGUCUCCAGAUGUCCUGUAUCUCUUCAGAGUGCAAGCUAUAUGUCAGAGAGACCAGCGCAGUGACUUCAGCCAAACACUUUUAUUUAAAGCAAACACCACAAGGAUCUUCGAGGGGACAAGGAUUGUGAAAACCGGAAUGCCUACGGUUUCCCCCGCCUCUUCCGCAGACAUGGCCCCUAUAAGCUCAGGCUCCUCUACCUGGACGUCCGCCGGCCUCCCCUUUUCAUUUGUCUCCAUGGCAACGGGAAUGGGGCCUCCAUCCAGUGGAGGACAAGCCACUGUAGCGUCUGUGGUGACCAGCACUCUGUUGGCAGGACUGGGUUUCAGUGGCAGUGUGAUUUCUUCCCUCCCAGGAUCCUUUUGGCCAACCCACUCUACAAACUCAGGCCCCACGCCCACUCAGCAUCCAGCCACUCCCACUGCUGAAAGCACCCCGUCUGAGAGCAACGUCCUCGUCUCUGAGGACAGCACUGAAGCUAAUAACAAACAGGAAGAAGACAGUGAAAGAGAGGAGAAGGAGAAAGAGGAGGAGGAGGAGGAGGAGGAAGAGGAACGGGAAGAAGAGGAGAAGGAAAAAAAGGGGAAAGAUGUGACCGUCAAGGACAAAAAGCAGGCCAAGACGGUGCCCCAAAAACCAACUGCCCCCGUCCCAACUUCAAAACACAGGGAGCGGGGAGGAGAGAGGGUGGAUGUUAACUCUGAGAGCUCUACAUUGGCCCCUAGAAUAGUGGAAGAACAGGUAUCUCGUUCCACAGAGAGGCCUUCUGGUGAGGAUUCAUCAAAACCAACAUGGCUGGAGGAUAAUGACACUGCAGACAUGCAGCUUCCCUCAGGCUCGACAGAGACCACCAAACUCACCAAUGAGGAGAAGGCGCACUGGCCAUACUACAUUCACACUGCUCUGGUCUCCUUUGACCACCAUGCAGAGAGAAACAGCAUCUCCACUGUCACCCGAGACCCGGUGUCAUCAUCCAGCCGGAUGGAGUGGAUCAUCCCCCUGAUGGUGGUCUCUGCCCUCACUCUGCUCUGCCUCAUCAUGCUGUUGGCUGUCCUGGUCUACUGGAGGCAGGGUUCCAUCUGGAUGGCUCAGAGGCUUUCAGUCUGCCUAGACUCACAGAUGCCCAUUAAAGACCAAAGAUGCUGCACUCAUCUCCACGGUACAUUUCUACACGUACGCAUGAGAUCGCCUAUGAGUUACAGCAGUUCCAGACUUGACGCAGAGACGCAGAUGGGGAGUGAUAAGAGGAGAUUCUUCCAGACUGCACAUUUCUAUAUUGACGACAGGAACUCCCCCAGAGUGAUCCUCGAUGACAGUUUUCCCAUCAUAUCUACAGCGGAUGACCUGGAGGCUGUGCCAGUCAGGCAGUUCAUCAAACACAUCAUGGAGCUGUACUCCAACAACCAGCAUGGCUUUUCUCAGGAGUUCGAUGAGGUUCAACACUGCACAUCUGAAAUGAAGAUUACAGCAGAACAUUCAAAUCACCCAGACAACAAGCACAAAAACAGAUACAUCAACAUUGUCGCCUAUGAUCACAGCAGAGUGAAGUUGCAGCAACUGUCUGGGAAAGACUCCAAGCACAGUGAUUACAUCAAUGCCAACUAUGUAGACGGUUAUAAAAGAUCCAGGGCUUAUAUAGCUGCUCAGGGCCCUCUGAAGUCCACAUUUGAGGACUUUUGGAGAAUGAUUUGGGAACAGAACACCACUGUGAUUGUCAUGAUCACCAACUUAGUGGAGAAAGGCAGGAGGAAAUGUGAUCAGUAUUGGCCGUCAGAGAACAUCGAGGUGUAUGGGAACAUAAUGGUGACUCUGAAGAGUACUAAAGUGCGUGCUUACUACACACUCCGCCAUUUCAUCAUACGCAACACUAAACUGAAAAAGGGUCAGAAGGGGAGGCAGAAUGAGCGGCUGGUGGUCCAGUACCAUUACACACAGUGGCCAGACAUGGGCGUACCUGAGUAUGCACUUCCAGUUCUCAAAUUCAUCUCUCGAUCUACAAUGGCACGCACACCGGGCACAGGCCCCAUUCUCGUUCACUGCAGUGCUGGAGUGGGCAGAACAGGCACAUACAUUGUCAUAGACAGCAUGCUGCAGCAGAUAAAGGACAAAGGCACAGUCAACGUCCUGGGAUACCUCAAGCACAUCCGAGCUCAGCGUAACUACUUGGUCCAGACAGAGGAGCAGUUUAUCUUUAUCCAUGAUGCAUUAAUGGAAGCUGUGCUUAGUAAAGACACAGAGGUGCCUGCUUGGCAACUCCACAAUUACGUCAACAGCAUUCUCACCCCGAGCCCAACGGGACAAACACGCAUGGACAAACAGUUUAAGUUGUUGACGCAAUGUAAUUCUCACCUCAUGGAGUGUUUCAGUGCCCAGAAGGACUGCAACAAAGAGAAGAACCGCACCUCGUCGGUCUUGCCAACGGAACGGGCGCGGGUGGCACUAGCUCCCCUCCCAGGAGUAAAGGGAACAGACUACAUCAACGCCUCCUACAUUAUGGGCUAUUACAGGAGCAACGAGUUCAUCAUUACCCAGCAUCCUCUGCCCCACACGACCACAGACUUCUGGAGGAUGAUCUGGGAUCAUAAUGCUCAAGUUAUUGUGAUGUUGCCAGACAACCUCAGCCUCACUGAGGAUGAAUUUGUGUACUGGCCCAGCAGAGAGGAGCCCAUGAACUGCGUAGCCUUCACUGUCACCCUCAUUAAUACUGACAGACUCUGUUUAUCUAAUGAGGAACAACUCGUGAUCCACGACUUCAUCCUGGAAGCCACACAGGACGACUAUGUGCUAGAAGUCCGACAUUUCCAAUGUCCGAAUUGGCCAGAUCCUGAUGCAUCCAUCAGCAGCACAUUUGAGCUUAUCAACAUCAUCAAAGAAGAGGCCAUGACAAGGGAUGGUCCCACCAUUGUGCAUGAUGAGUUCGGGGCAGUCUCUGCCGGGAUGUUCUGUGCUCUGACCACACUCUCCCAGCAGCUGGAGAACGAGAGUGCUGUGGAUGUCUAUCAAGUGGCCAAAAUGAUUAACCUAAUGAGGCCUGGUGUCUUCACUGAAAUUGAGCACUAUCACUACCUUUACAAGGCUAUGCUCAGCCUUGUCAGCAGUAAAGACUUCAGACUUGGCUUCAGCUACAUGGACAAAUUUGCUGUAACAGAUGAGUCCAACCAGGCUGAGAGCAUGGAGUCCUUGGUGUGAAGUUUCCAAGAAAAUGAAAUGGAACAAAGUGGUUCCUUGAACUUUCCAUGAGGCCUUUUUUCCCAGACUCUUGGUGAAAUUAAAAAAAAAAGAACAACAACAAAAAAGAGCUUUUAUAUACUGAUAAAAAUAAAUUCUUUUGAUAUUUAUUUUUGCUGCUUUUUGUUAUCCUGCUGAGCGCCACAACCUGCUCUCCAAAACACAUGUACACAGACAGACACACACACACACACACACUGUCUACUUUGCACUACACUGUCAGUGUUACUACUUGAUGCCUAGCUGAUUAUUGAUAAUUGUGUUGAAAACGUUUUCGAGUAUCACUUUAUUCUUGCCGAUAAAGUCUACAGACAUGUGAGGGUGAUCAGCGACAGCACAUUAACACACACAUCAGCCUCAUACCCAUGAAAACUGUACACAGAAAAGCUCCAACUUAAUGCUCAUCAUGAUGCGACUUUUAACCGUCAAGCAUUGUGACUUGUUAGAUUAAUGUUCUUUUUUAUUUAUUAAGAUAUGCCAUUUUAUGUCUAACUUAUAUACAUUAUUUCAGUGUGGUAUCAUAACAGCAACUGUGAACAUAUAUUGUUAUCAGUAGCAUUUCUAUUGUUUUGUAAUAUAUAAAGAUAUUGAUCAAAAA